AUGUCAUCUGCACAUACAGAGUCAACAUUCCACAGUCUUUCUUCCAAACUCAGAAUGGAAACCCUGCUUGUGGUGUCAGAAAGCCCAGAAGAAGAUGAAGAAAACCCAAUGAAGAAUCCGUUUACAGUUCUUCCAGAUAUCGAUAUUUUCUCACUGAGGGACAAGGAAAGAAAAAAGGCUAAGGCGGAACGUGAAAGGAUGAAAACCAUGAAAAUCCAUGAGAAAAUGACUUAUUCCACUAAAAUAAAAGCAAAGCAGAAAGGGCUCAGGAAAGCUCUGCAAGAGGAGGAGGAAGAGGAGGCCAGAAAACAGGCAACAAAUGAAGAGAGACUGAAAACUUAUCAGGAGAGUCUUUUACGGGAGGCAGGCAUUAAAAAAGAUCACCCAUUAAAAAAGGAAACCUUCCAGGAGUAUGUAAAUGGCCUAAGAGAGAUAUUUCGACUUGAGUAUGCCAUGGCAGUACAGCAAGAUAAGAUGCAAACGCUGGAGAACAUAGUGAAGAACGAGGAAAGAAACCUGGAAAAGGCUAAACACAGCCUGGAGAAGGAUGCUGCCAUGUUCGAUGAGUUCCUGAAGGAGAACCUGAAAAUCUCUGUUCAAGCUCUGGAAAGUGCUGAAAAAGAAACCGCAGAAGAAAGAAAAAUAACAAGGGAAAUCCAGGCAAUCAAUUCCAAAAUAGAGUACUUCGAAAGUGAUAUAACCAGGCUCAGGAACACUCUGAAGGAGUACAAGACGUACAGGGACUUCCUCUAUGAACUAUCUCCCAAAGAGUGGCAGGAGGAACAUAGAAAAAAACACACAAAGAAAAAGGGUUUGAAAACAGAAUCCAAAGCUAAGGAAGAGAGUCCCUCACCUCCCACCACUGCAGAGCAGGGACGAGGCCUGACAGCCAGGACAGACACUGCCAGCCCCGGUACCGUGGAGUCUCCAGCAGUAAGAAAACCAAGUUCACUGGAGGAUGCAGAAAGCGAAACCUGCUCGGACGAAGAUGAGGAGCCUGAGUUGUAUUUUACUGAUCCUCAACAACUGCUGUCCGUUUUCACAAAGAUGGAGGAAGAGAUUGUGUCCUCCUUCCAGAAUUCCCCAGGUAUCAGCAGAAUUUUGGACGAGGUCAACACUACACAUGAAAGCAUGGAGAAGAAGGCAGCAGAGCUGAAACAGCAGGUAGCCGCCCUCAAAUCCUCCACCGCCGAGAAAGAAGAGAGAGUAGCAGAUCUCAAAGCUUGCAUCUUUCACGCUAGACAAUAUGGAGAUGAGCAGAACAAAAUGCUUGCAAGCCUGGAAAAGAAGGUGCUGGAAGUCUAUCGUGAGUGCACAGGAGAAAAUGAGACAAAUCUGUCAACUGAGCAGAUGCUGAUGGUGAUAGAAAUCCAUGUCUACGAUAUGCUGGACACCCUGGAGACAAUCCCACCAGCAAAGAUGAAACAGGUUAUGAAAGCCAAAGAAAAGGAGCGGAGGAUAAGGCUCAGAGAGGAAAAGCUGAGACAACAGAAGCAGCAGCAGGAGGAAAGAGCACAAAGAGCCCUGGAAAGAUCACAGGCACCAAUAAUAAAGAGCGGAAGGAGGCUGAUGUUUCAUUCCUGUCCACCUGCCAGGAAGGAGAAGAAAAAGCACAGCCAAGAACAAAUGGAUGAGGAGAAGGAAGAAGAAUUAUAUUAUUUCACUUGA